UGUCUUUUUAGUGUGGGUGGUGAUUGUUCAGGUGACAAAACCAUUUCUCAAGUAAGAAGUCAAACGUGUCGAGAUCAUUUUUGACACCUUUUAAUGUGAACUGUUGUUUCAGAAUUGUACAUACAUACGGGUAAGAUGAUGACGAAAUCGAGUAUUUGCUUUAAAGCCACCAAUUUACUUGGUUGGUACCAUUCCCAUAGAACAAUGGAUAUCCCUCGGCCGACAGCACCAUAAGUGAGACGUGUACAUACAAUUUCGACCGGAUCUGUGACAAUCUUUGCCAGAUCAGGUUGGAUUUCAAUACUUUGACUUCGCUGAGUUCAGCAACCGGUUUGUGUGGAACCGCGGCUGAUGCCAUAACAGUGACAAGUCCAUUUUCAUCUUCGGCCAACGCGUUUCCGCCGACAGUGUGUGGAACAUUGACCGGACAGCACAUGUAUCUUGAAACGGGGACGACAGGAACGGCCGGAGCCUUGUCCAUCGCCAAAGGAACGACUGCUGGAAUUCGGAACUUCGAAAUCAAAGUCACCUACUACACGUGCAAUAAUUUGGCCAAGGCCCCUCCUGGUUGCACUCAAUACUUUACCGGGGAGAGUGGUUCUUUUCAAUCUUACAACUACCAAGGGAGUCAACUCCUUCAGAGCAUGAAUUACAACAACUGCUUCCGACAAGAAGAAGGGUUUUGUCGAUUGCAAAUCAGCGAGGCCACGGCAAUGACUCCAGAUCCAUUCAUUUUGUCUGCUAAUGUUGCAGAAACUGCGCAUAACUGUGCAACCCUGAGUUACGUGACUUUUACAACACCAACGAAUUCGAUGUUUUGCGGUGGCGUUUUGAGCUCCGUGGUUGGCGACAUGAUGCCUGGAGCUCUGACAUCCGCUCCUGGCGACUCUUUUCUGGUUGGAUUGCGAACUCUGGCAGACGGUCUGGCCGAUCGGACGGGAUUCAACUUAAACUACAAGCAAGUGGCUUGCCCCUAAAGGCCAUUUAGCGGAUGGGACGCACACAUAGAAAUUCUUCUGGUUAUAUUUAUGAAAAUUGUCACAAAUGUUUUGCUUAUUUCCAAAUAUACAUGGUUUAAUACGAAUCAGCUCAAGGUCAGUCCCUUUAAUAAAGGGACCGAUACCCCUUUCAUUGGAGAGAACCAUGCGAAACCAGCCGCACUAUACGAGAAUAAACCCCACACCAACGCGAGCCAAAAUGUCUAAAGUAAUACGAAUACC